UAAAUCGUCUCAUCGCGACCUUUGUUUUGUCGGGUGGCGGCCCAUGAUUCAGUCCGACACCGGAAGCUGUCACGAGACUCUGCGCUAAAUCGCGCCGCUAGCUGAGCUCACGCUGAAGCGCUGAGUCUGUGAGUGACAGGCGCGUUACGUGAGCGGCUCGUGAGGUCGCAUUGAGGGCAGCAGAGCCGUGUUUUUCCUGUCCCAAAGCUCGUUUCGUGUCAGCCGCAGGUGCUGUUUCGUGGAAUGACCCAGUCUGCUGAGGAGAAAAGGGAUUGAGGUUGACUGCAGCUGAACACGUUUGUCGGGUUUUUCCGGCGGGUGUGUGAAGAGCACUGAGGAGUCUGGUGAAGAGACCCUGCCAUGCGUGAAUACAAGCUUGUGGUGUUGGGCUCUGGCGGUGUGGGCAAAUCAGCCCUGACAGUCCAGUUUGUCCAGGGAAUUUUUGUGGAGAAAUAUGACCCCACAAUAGAAGACUCCUAUAGGAAGCAAGUGGAAGUGGAUGGCCAGCAGUGCAUGUUGGAGAUCCUGGACACAGCAGGAACAGAGCAGUUCACAGCUAUGAGGGACCUGUACAUGAAGAACGGUCAGGGCUUUGCUCUUGUGUACUCAAUCACAGCGCAGUCCACAUUCAAUGACCUGCAGGACUUAAGAGAGCAGAUCCUACGAGUAAAGGACACAGAGGAUGUGCCAAUGAUCCUGGUGGGUAAUAAAUGUGAUCUGGAGGACGAGAGGGUGGUGGGGAAAGAACAGGGGCAAAAUCUGGCCCGGCAGUGGAACAACUGUGCCUUUCUAGAGUCCUCCGCCAAAUCGAAGAUCAACGUCCUUGAUGUGAGCAUGUAACAUUUACUCGCUUGACAUUUCCUCCAUUCAGAACUAGG